AUGAGAGGAAAAGGAUUAAUCAAGAUUACAGACGAUGAUGAUAUUGAGCGGAGUCAAGAAUAUAAUGAGUUUAUUAAAGAAUUAGAGGCAUAUCAUAUAAAACGGGGUACAGGAACAUUUGUGCGUGAACCGAUUAUUGGACCUCAUCGGAUUGAUUUACUGAAAUUAUAUAAACGAGUGAUUGAACUGGGGGGAUAUGAUAAGGUAUCAUCAGAAAAAUCAUGGUGGAAAAACCUUUCAAACCAUUACAAACUUCCACCUAUGUCGAAUGCGGGAUAUCUUUUGAAAUCAAUCUAUUACAAGAACUUGGCUGCAUGGGAAAUGGAAAAACAUUGGAAAAAGACGCCACCGGCACCAGAACAUCUUGAAUUUCAAACGGCAAAAGGAGGAGAUAUUAUGACAAGAACAGCGGAAAAUUAUCAAGUAACGACUAAGGAAGAUGUGCGACCGGAUUCAUCAUCAUCACCUAUGCCAUUAGUAAGAAAUUUAAGAGCAGCGCCAGUUCCAAGAACGUUUUAUCAACCGGAUGAACGAUUAACACAAGCGAGAUCAGCGCUUCAAAAACAAGCACAACAACAAUUACAAAUGCAAGCACAACAACAACCUUUUUCAACGCAUUUUGCUACGUUAACCUUUCCCGAGAAUGUAAAUAAUAAAUUGCAACCACAACCAGUCAUUACGCCUGCAAAUACACAUGCAUUAGAAUAUCUAAGGAAUAGUACGUACGGAUCUCAAAAUGGAGCAAAAAUUGGAGCGGGUAUCCAAGGUGCACCAUUUAUGGUUCGAAUUGCGCUUGCGCUUAAAUCAGGUUUAGUAUCAGAAUUGGAUUGGGCUUUACAUCAUUUGGUUCGAUUAUCAUAUGAACAAGGUAAUAAUCUUAGGUUUGAUCGUAUUCCAGAUUUAGCAGAAACAUUGAUCAAGAAACUCUAUGAGUUUUUAAAACAAGUAUCAAGGAAAGAAAUGGAAUUCGAUGAGGAAAACGAUGACUGGUCUAUGGAUUAUCAAUCAAGAAAAGCAUUGGAUAAAAUAUUAGAGGCAGCACUUAUUCUUCGUAAUCUUGCAUUACUUUCCGAUAAUGCUAGUUAUUUGGCUCGAUUGGAAAUGACACAUCCUACGUUAGUUUUAGGAAUUAAACAGAUGAACGAUUUUUCUUUCAUAGAAUUAAAGCAUUAUUGUAUGGAUAUUAUUGAGGCAGUCAGUUUUUAUACAAUUAUUAAUGAUGAAAACGAUGAUCUUUAUUUAAGUUUAUGUGAACUUUUACAAUGUGACGAUAGAGCCAUGUUAAUUGGAGCCUUAAGAGCACUUGCACGAUUAGCGCUUCAUGAUACAAAUAAUCGAUUGCUUCAAAAUAUUUCACCUUAUAUACUUUAUAGAGUGAGGUUAUUGUUAAGUUUAGAUGAUGAAGAACUUUUAGGUUCUGCUUUAGAUUUCAUGUACCAAUAUACAACGUAUAAAGCGAAUACGCAAAGUAUAUUGGAACUGGAGGAUAUUCAUGAUUUAAUCGAUCAAUUAGUAAGAUUAAUGAUGUUUCAGGCGGAAGAGAAAGAGACCCAUGUAUCAUUGUCUACAGACAUUAAACAAUACAUACCUACUGGUCCUCCUCCAUUACCCGCAGAAAUUGUUCAAGAAUUAUUAGGAUUCGGAGAACCUGAUAGAGCGGUUAAAUGGAUGCGUGUUUGUUAUCAAGAAAGUUCGAACGAUGAUAUAACACAAAUGCAUUUAUGGCAAUCCUAUCAAGCAAGAUUUUCACCUUUUAUUGCAGCCGGAAGACCUCUUCUUUCUGCAGCAGAUUUAAUUAAAAUAGCUAGUCGUGCAUUUCCAAAGGCUAAAGCAAUGGUAUUAAAUGCACCUGAAGGACAAAAUUUUAUUAUUAGAGGAGUUCGUCCACGUGAAAUUGCAAUUUCAAUCAAAGGAGAAAGUUAUGUUUCCUGUAAAUGGGUAGUUGAAACAAAUGAUUCUGGCAUUUGUGGAUCUCAAUUUCCAAAUUCACAAGAGCUAUUCAAACAUAUCAUUGAUCAUCAUUUACCCGAGGUUCGUUUACUUUCAUCCUCAGCACCGCCUUUAGUUUGUAAAUGGUUUGAUUGCACUCGGUUUACAUUACCAGGAGAGAAAGAUCGUUUUAUCGUAUUAUCUCAUCUUAGAACACAUAUACCGGAUAAGUUAACGCAAUUCGUCUCAUCCAGUUUAUGGGAAAAUAUCUCUAUACAUACAAAAACAACUGCUGUCGACGAACGAGGAGAAGCAAUUGGUGUAGCAUUAACAGCAACAUUGAUCUUACGGAAUCUAGCGAAAUCUAAACACAGACAAGAUCUUUUUAUUAAUAUUGAAAAUUCUAUUAUUCAUGUUGUAGCCGAAAAUCCUGUAUUAUCUACAUAUUUAUCUGAGCUUUUGGUUGAAAUACGAUGUUAA